AUGGGCCUAUUCGGUGAAUUCACUUCGCUCAAUUUUUCGCUCUAUGGACAAUGGCUUGGCAUUGUAGCCAUCAUAUUAUUGAUUGUUCUGGGCAUCAUUGGGUUUAUGUCUCAUAUCGCAUUUAGCAUCGUUGGAUGGGUGAUUGCAUUCAUUCUCCUUUUUGUGGAAGUACCACUAUGCCUAAAGCUUUGCCCAACGAGCCCAAAGUUUGACAGCUUCCUUACCUAUUUUGAGAACACCUGGCUACGAGCGUUGAUGUAUCUCAUCUUUGCGAUCGUCAUGUUCCUCAGCAACAUCAUCUCGUCAUCAAGUUUGAAUGCAUGCGCAGUCGUGUUAUUACUUGGCGCCAUCUGUUAUGCCAUUGCUGCGGUCCGAGGACAAUCAUUUGCAAGCUCUAGGCUGCUUGGGGGUACAGGUGUAAGCAAUGUCGUAUAA